UAUUUUUCGCAAAUUGGGUCACUGGCAGUGCGCAUUUUAUCGUUUCCGGUAGUGACGUCAGGACUUGGAUACCUUGAAGCUGAAAAAAAGCCGACAUGGGAUUGCUUUCACUUUUACGGAAACUUAAGUCUUCUCCAGAUAAGGAGUUGAGAAUAUUGCUGCUAGGUUUAGAUAAUGCUGGGAAGACAACAAUAUUAAAACAUUUAGCAUCAGAAGACAUAAGCCACAUUAUGCCAACACAGGGUUUCAAUAUAAAGAGUGUGUCAUCAGAUGGGUUUAAGUUAAAUGUAUGGGACAUUGGAGGACAGAGGAAUAUAAGGCCAUAUUGGAGAAACUAUUUUGAGAACACUGAUAUUUUGGUGUAUGUGAUAGACAGUGCAGACCAGAAAAGGUUUGAAGAAACAGGAGCGGAGCUAGGUGAACUUUUAGAAGAGGAAAAACUAGGCGGAGUUCCAGUCCUCAUAUAUGCAAAUAAGCAGGAUUUGUUUAAUGCUUCUAGUCCAGGUGAAAUUUCUGAAGGGCUGGAUCUUUCACAAAUACGUGACCAUGCAUGGCAGAUACAGCCAUGCUCUGCUAUUACUGGAGAGGGUGUCAGAGAAGGCAUGGAUUGGGUCUUUAAAAAUAUCAAGUCUGGAAAGGGUAAAAAGAAAUGAAUUCUAUUGACAAACAUUUAGGUUGAGACUCAUUUUAAAGAAAAAUUCUUUUUCUAAUAUGGCAUUUGACUUUAAAAGAAUAUAUCAAAAGAGGUUGUGCUUCAGCUAAUGCAUAAGAAACAUCUCUACAUUUUUAUUCAAGCAAUGACCCAAUGUAUACUGGGUCCUAAAGUCAAGGUAUUAAAAUAGAGUCUUUGUUGCAUAAAGAAAAUUUCAAAGAAAAUUUGGAUUAUUUAUUUGUAAAUGACUUAUUUAAAUGUGAAAAUGCGAUUUAUUGUGUACUUUUAAGCACACACAUCAAUUAAAAAACACUAACAGUAAAACCUCAUAGUUAAAUGUCUCAAAUGAGCCAUUGUACUUAUGACUCGUGAAAUAUCAAAUAUUUUGUAGCUUUAGAUUUGUAUGUCAUCAUAUGCUUUUUAGAAGUCAAACAAAUCACUAGUGUUGAAUGUAUUUGACAGUCCUUUUAUAAACAAAUGUAUAUUCAUUAGUAUAAUGUUGUUUGCUGUAAAACCGUCCAUAUAUAUUUAUUCAUUCCAUCCAAAGUACCCAAUCUUGUUUUCUUUGUUAUAUUUUCUCUGUGUAUUGCAUUUAGAUACUCUUGUAGAGAAAGCAAGCAACAUGGAUUCUUGACUUUUUAAAAGUUUUUUGUGUACAUUAUAUGUUUUAGCUUAAUCCAACAAGCACACUGUAUCUAGAAUCUUGUAAGACUGGUUUUUAAGUUUCAUUCAAUUUCUACAAAGCUUUAAAAGAUGAAGCAAAGGAGGAACGUAAGUUGAAUGCUCUUUUUCUGCAACAAAAUAAUGAGAAAUCACUGUGAAUUCAGUGAAAAUUGGUUUUAUUUUUAUAUACAGACACUUACAGUGUCUGUAUAUAUUCUGAUCAGUCUGUCUGUGUGCAUUGUUGCUGUUGUUAUUGUUGUAGGACACAUGACGUUCACCCCAUAACUUUCAAACUGUAUUUUUGUUUUACUUUAAAUUUAUCGAGUGGGUUUGUUUGGUAAAGAGGCAGGUUGCUUUUCAAAA